CGAACUACUACUAGAGCGACGGUGAAAUUCCACGCAUGCGCAGCAUGUGAUCACGGCUAGAACCUGCGCAUGCUCGAUUCUCAACGGCGGCUGCUUCUUGUUACUGCGCAAGUGCGAGGCUGUGUGUUCGCGUUACUGGGGAGAUUGUUGGGUAACAAACCAGAAGCAGGUGAGGAAGCCAGGAAGAGGAUGGCGAGCUACAAGGCUGGUGAUUCUAAAAGGGAACAAUUUAGAAGAUACUUGGAGAAGGCAGGAGUGCUCGACACUCUUACUAAAAUAUUGGUAGAGCUGUAUGAAGAACCAGAGAAGCCCAACAAUGCACUAGACUUUUUAAAGCAGCACUUGGGUGCUGCAGGCCCAGAAACACCAGAUGUGGAAGCUUUGCGUUUGGAGGUCGCAGAACUGAAACAAAAGUAUGAAGCUGUUCUAGAGGAAAAUAAAGAACUGAAAGCAAAGCUUGCCCAACACGAACCUCCAACAGAUGAAAAACGAGCUGAAUAACGUGCUGAACAAGCUUAGCUUGAAUUUCCUUAUUUAAAUGCUGCACUGGAACUGUAAAUAUAUACACCUAGGAUUUAUUCUGUUUCGGGGAACAUGGGAACACUUGUUUAAAUGUCUUUGUUACCUUAAAUAAACAACUUGUGAAAAAACUAUA